GAGCGGCUGGGCUGCCGCGCUGCCACCACCGCGGCCACAAUUGCUGGGGGGAGAACUUGGCAUCCUGUGUUUCUUUGAAUGGCGGCUCCGGGAACAAUGCCGCUUCCUGUGGGGCUUGGCAGCCGCCCAGCGGAGGCCUUUGUCCCCGACCCCAGUGAUUGAGACUUGGCUUCCCAAAGCCGACCUCCUCGCCUGUCUCCCCCACGGCCAAACCCCGCCCCCUCCGGCCGUCUCCAAGUGGCAGUCUGAAACGGUGCCUGGCGGCAUCCCCCCCGGAGGGCCCAGGGCGAGGCGCACAGAGCUGCCCGCUCAAGCCUCUGUCUCCUUCCAGACGUUCAUCUUCACCGACGGGGAGGACGAAGCCCUGGCCAGGCACAUGGGGCAGACAGGUCACGGCCAGCAGGGUGGGGAGAGCAGUUUACUCAACGGGUGGUUCUGCCACGUCGAUGACGACAACUAUGUCAACCUGCGGGCGCUCCUGCGGCUGCUGGCCAGCUACCCGCAUACGCAAGAUGUCUACAUAGGCAAGCCCAGCCUGGACCGGCCCAUCCAGGCCACGGAGCGGGUCAGCGAGAACAAGGUGCGGCCGGUCCACUUCUGGUUUGCCACCGGCGGGGCUGGCUUCUGCAUCAGCCGUGGGCUGGCCCUGAAGAUGAGCCCCUGGGCCAGCGGGGGUCACUUCAUGAGCACGGCCGAGCGUAUCCGGCUGCCGGACGACUGCACCAUUGGCUACAUUGUGGAGGCCCUGCUGGGCGUGCCCCUCAUCCGCAGUGGCCUCUUCCACUCCCACCUGGAGAACCUCCAGCAGGUGCCCAUGACCGAGCUGCACGAGCAGGUGACCCUGAGCUACGGCAUGUUUGAAAACAAGCGGAAUGCUGUCCACGUGAAGGGGCCCUUCUCAAUGGAGGCUGACCCUUCCAGGUUCCGCUCCAUCCACUGCCACCUGUACCCGGACACGCCCUGGUGUCCUCGCACUGUCACCUUCUAGGGGCCACGGCUGAGACCUCAUUCCUGGGCACCCCUGGUAUCCAUAGGGCCCAGGGACUCUGUGGUGCUGCCCUGGCCUUGGCACUCGAGGCUGCCCCAGGGCUCUGCCUGCGUGUGUGUGU